AUGUCUCAGGAAUUAAAUUUAAAAAAUUCAUCAUCUACAUUUGUUGAUUGGGAGAAAAAAGAUUUCUUGGAAUGUAAAAUAUAUGUACCAGAAGAAGCAUUGAAUCUCAUUGAUGACAAUUCUGACAAUUUAUGUAGUAAUAUUCCUAAUAGUAUUGUAAUUUUUGAUGAUGAAAUUAAAAGUGAUUUUGAAUUCAAAAUAUCAAAUGAAAGAAAGAAAAAUUUAUUAUCAGAUGUUAAAAAAUUUCUUAAAUAUUUAAAAUAUUUAGCUUAUGAAUUUAUUGAAGAAAAUAGUUUGGCAUCUUUUAAAAAAAUAUGUGAGUUUUUAUUAAAAUGUUUAUAUCAUAUGGGAGAUAUUGUUGAAAAUAUGAUGGGAGUUAGAAUUUAUGAUAAUAUUCACGAGAACGUUAAAUUCCAUCUAUAUAUAAUUUUCUAUUCAUCAAUAAUAGAAAUAUUUAGUUUUCCUACAGAAGAAACUUUAGACAAAAUUUAUCUAGAAGAUGGUUUAAUUUUAUUGCCCAAAUUAUUAAAUGUGGUAAUUGAAGGUUACUUGAUUGGGUUAGCUUGGUUUACAGAUAAGCUCAUAGUCACACCAUUAUGUACAUGUUUUCACAAUUCAAUUUAUCAAAUAAGUAAAAAAAAUUUUAAAGAAUUCUGGAAACAUGUUGAUAGGACAAUACAAAUUGUUUCACAGUGUCAAAUAACAAAAAUAAAAGAAAGUGAUAUUUACGAAGAAUUUGUUAUAUCAUUAUACAAUUCAAAUAAAAAGUUAACACCAGCUUGCUUUUUUAUUUUGUUAGAGGUUCUUCAUAAUUUUUAUAAAUCAUUAUGCCUAUUUGUAAAUAUCAACAGUCAAUUGUGUUUUCCAUUGCGAAUGAUAACUAAGAAUGUUUUUCCAUCGCUGGUACAAACUAGAAAAGAAAAUUUAUCAGUUUAUCUUUUUACCAUUUAUGAAAUGCUCUUAAAUAAACCGGUCAAGGAGUAUGAAUAUUGUGAUACAUUGAUAACAUAUUCAAUACAUGCAUUAAUACCUACUUUUAAUGAAUCGUCAAUUGACAAUAUUCUUGAAAAUAUUUUUGACUCCGAAGAUAUUUAUACCUUACAUUGUAAUUUGAAAAAUUUUUAUUCUGAAGACAAAUAUAUUUAUGGGAAAAAUCAACAUUCUUGGUGUGUUUUUGUUAAACUUAUAUUACUAAUUUCGAAGAAUACUAAUGUAUGGACAAAGAAUGAAAGUAAAAUAUUUCAUUUAUUGAAUAUUAGAAGAUUAAAACAGGUAACAAAUGAAACAUUGAAGAAAUUGGUUUUACUAUAUUUUGGCAUACACUUUCUUCAAAGGGGUGAUCAUUUUAAAAAUAUAAGUCAAUUACUAUAUUAUGAUGUGGACAAAUGUGAUAUUGAAAAUCGGAUUUUAAGGUUACGUCUUUAUGCAAUACUUGUCGUUGAGAAGGAAUUAAAUAAUGUUAAAAAAAAUACUGAGUAUAUUGAAUCAUUUAAAAAGUUUGCUAUUAGUAUAGUUAAUUGUAUUUCAAUGUUGCCAGAAUGCAUUAAAAUCGAUAAAUUUUUAUAUGAAAUGUGCAAUGUUAAAUCUUGUCUUGAAACUACUUUAACAUCAUUAACUGAAAUUUACCGUGGAAACAUUAAUGCAUUUCUAGAUAUUUUUAAUACUAAUGAAAGUUUAAUAUUAUGGCAUAGUUGUUGGAAGAGUUUAAUAGAAUAUUGGUCUAAUCCUAGAAAAUAUUUUUUGGAUAAAAUUGAUUUAACUCUUUACAAUGUAAUAUCUUCACAAUUAAAGUUUGUAUCUCAAGAGAUUCCUGCUGAUUUAUCUAAAUAUUUUGAAGUAAUACUUUUAAAAUGCAACGACAAGUUCACAUUUAAACGCAUUCCAAAAGAUGAUUUGAUAAAAUUAAUUGAGUUAUAUUUGAAACUAGUUAAUGAUUUAAAGAUAUUUUCUAGGCAUAGUAAUUUUAUAAGUGUAUGGUUUUGUAUACUGUUAACAUAUAAUGAAACACCUAAAAUUAAAAAAGAUAAGAUAUAUUCAAUAUCUGCUCAAUUGUGCAAUUUUGUGGGUGAUGAAUUUACAACGGCAGAUGAAUUUUUAGAAAAUCCAUCUAUUGAAAAUUUAAAUGAAGGAAAUAAAUAUUUAAUCAACUAUGUUUUCAGUGGUAUUAAAUCAAUUAGUGAUGUAAAUAAUGUUUUGGCUAAACAAUUAAUAUCACAUAUUUUAUCAAAUGACUUUUGUGAAAUUAUUAAAGAAUCUUUUAAAAAUGAUAAUUAUGAAAAAACUGAUCUUUUUAUUUAUUUUACAGUAGAAUUAUUUUCUAAUCUAACACAAUUAUUAACUUCUAUGCAACAGAAUGUACUUCUUGUUAAGUCACUCUUAAUAAAAUGUUCCCAGACAUUUCUUGAGACAACUAUUGAAAUUCUGAAAAAUAAAAAAGUAUAUGAAUCGAAGAUACUUAUUGACAACAUCAUUAUACCACUACUUUUUAGUUUUUUUAAAUUAAAUUUGAAGGAUAUGGAUUAUUUAAAGAAAUUAACAAUUAAAAUCAUUCACCUUGGAAUUAAAGACGAGUAUUUUAUUAAUUAUAAAUUUAAGGAACUUUUUUCUACAUUCCCCUGUGCUUCAUCACUUAUUUUAGAUGCAAAAGCUCUAAAUUACUAA